UUAGUAGCUUGAUCUGUGUCGCCCUCUGCGCCUUCCUCUCUCCUCCUGCUCUCCACCGCAUCCUUGUCUAACAUCCCUCGACGUUCCUUAGCUUCGCUUCUUCACGGCUUUCCUUUGUCCUACGACUCCUUUGCGAAUACUAACAGAACGCAAAAUCUAAAAGAAAAUUUAAAAAAAAAAGCUGUGGACUGUCUCGAUUAACUUAUUAACACUACGACUAUUGUUGAUCGCUCGUCUCCUUAUUUGAAAAAGAUAAAAAAUAAAAAACUAUAAUUAACUUCGAUAUUUUUAGAAGAAUUUCAAUACCAGUGUCAGUCACCGUGGUCCACCGAGAUACUUUCAAAAAAGUUGAACCGCCUUUGUCUGAGUUUAAAACAUAAACAGUUGUUGCGAUUUUAAGCAGAAGGCAACCCGUCUGCAGUCGACAGACUAACUUCCGCUUCCAGUGUUAUGAGAAUCGUCCCAAACCUUGUAAACUACUGUUAGACACUUCCUGUGUUAUCUGUGAUAUUAAUACUGGUCUGAUUCCCUUUGGACUGUCAUCAUCGCCUCCUUCUGCAUCAGGCUACAGAAUUAUCACGUCUGAGAAAAAGGACAAAAAGUGUGUUUUUAUGUCAUUACCAUCAAAGUGCAACAAACUUGACCUUUAGUCCAUUUGAUCGAUCAUCCGAAGUUUCAAUCUUCAAUCAUUAAAGCAAAAAUAUAAAAAAAAAAGUUAGUGACAAGGAAGUACAACUCUAUCUCCGAAAGUGCGAAUUUUCGAACUACGAAUAAAAAUCCACGGCAUAAGAACAAAGACUAGAUAGAAGCAGCCUCAACGUGUGCUGUAGGAAGAAAAUACCAUAAAAUAUACCAUUCCACUUCUUCAACAUUCAGUCAGUCACCCGUGACGGAACCGACCUCAGGAAAAAUACCCGCCCUUGGGCGUAGGAGCCACUGCCAGAACAGCUCGCGUUAAGAAUCAAACAGUCUACGGUAGUUCGUUAAGAAGAAAUUGAACCUGAAAUUGUGCUUAGUGAGAAAACUUCAUUGGACAUUCCCUCUCAUUCUAUAAGAAGUGUGGCACCAGUAGACGAUACAUACACAGGGCACCUAAAAGGGUUUAGGUCAAAGUGAACUUAUCCGAAGGAUCUUAGGAAUAGAAGCAAAGAACACAGCGAUAAAGGACACUUACUGAGCCUACAAAAAGUUCGUGGGCAUUCAAGUUACGACGUAGGUAACGUAGGACCUUCGAGAUAAGGUGUCGCCCUGCACUGCCCUCCAAGAGAAGGGUCAAUAAGAAUCCUAGGGAUAAGGUCCUAGAAAACUGCGUUAAAGAAAAUUAUAUCAAAAGGAUCUUCAGGAUAAAGAAACUCAGAGCCUUACAGUAAGCGGAGGGACAUCUAAGGAUCGAUCAUCGGGAUAAAAUAAAAGUCCUACAGUCUUACGUUACGCCGAAGGAUAUCUUAGGACCCUCAGGAUGCUGUCCCUACAGGAGCUUCGCGAAUCGCUCAAAUUGGCCGAGCAAAUGGCUCGCCUGUCCCUGACGUCGGGGCAGGACCGCCAGGAUGCCAAUGCCCAGGACAAGGAGCAGAAGCAGGGGUCCGUUCCGUACGUGCCCCCGAAACAGCUACUUCUCUAUCUCGUCAGGAUGGGAAGUUUUACGUCCAAGCCGAGGGUAGAGAGCGAGGAAAGCCAGGAUGAUCACGUGGUGGUGCCCAAGGACUUGGAUGGCCCGGCCCUUCUCGAAUGGGUACGGGAGCCCAUCAGGCACCUUCCAGCCCUACUGCCGCGCACCUACCGAAAGACGCCCGCCUACGGUGAAGUCGAGUCCCCUUCGAUCUCUGCUGGCGGCACCUUUAGAGUCAUGCAGUGGAAUAUCCUGGCGCAAGCAUUGGGGACACAUGCUGACAAUUUCGUGAUGUGCCCAGCCAAGGCUUUGGAGUGGAACACCCGAAGAUACAGAAUCUUGGAAGAGAUCGUUACUCAUAUGCCCCAUGUCAUAUGCCUUCAGGAGGUUGAUCACUAUGAUGUUAUGGAACGUGUAUUGGUCAGUCAGGGAUAUAAAGGAGUGUUUAUGCCAAAGCCAGAGUCUCCUUGUCUCUUUUUGCCAAACAACAAUGGGCCAGAUGGCUGUGCUGUCUUCUGGGAUGACUCAAAGUUUAAGCUCAUUAGGAAAGAAACACGUGUUGUGGAAGUUUGGCAUGUCCAGAGCAACCAGGUUGCAAUACUACUGAUCCUUGAGGAAAGAUCAACUGAAAAACAAAUAGCAGUAUUGACUACACAUCUUAAGGCACGCCAGGGAGCAUUGUUAUCAAGUCUUCGAAAUGAGCAAGGGAAGGAUCUGUUGGGCUUUUUAGAUCAACACUGCAAUACCCAUCCAACUAUAGUUUGUGGAGAUUUUAAUGCAGAACCCAGUGAGCCAGUUUAUUCUACCAUGACAGAGGAAACUACAGGUCUAGAUUCAGCUUAUGCAGUUCUGAAUGGUGGAGAAGAACCUUCUUAUUCUACUUGGAAAAUCAGAGAAUCUGGAGAAUGUUGCCAUAACAUUGACUAUAUCUUUUACACACCAAGUAGCCUUUGUGUUGAGGGAGGUUUUGAUGCUCCUACAGAAGAUGACCUAGGACCGUGCCGUGCUCCAAGUUUUGCUUACCCUUCAGAUCAUUUCUCUCUCAUCUGUGAUUUCUCUCUUCAACCAGAGAGGCAUCUUAUCCAUGGAAGUGAUAACAAUAGUACUGUUUCGGAUGAUGAAAGCAAUCUUCCCAGAGUUCUAGACAAUCAUGCAAGCAAUAUUUGUAACUCAAAGCAAUUGUCAUGAUCUUUCCACUUUUAAGUACAGGUAUAAUUGCUGUUUUAUAUACAACUGUAAUUACAGUACAUUUCUUCAACAGUAUAUAAGAUAUUACAUUCAUGAUUCUGAAUAUUUUCUAACUUUUAGAUGUAUAUUUUAUUUAUAAGUAAAUUAUUUUAUUAUCAUACUUCCUCAGUGUUAGCAAGAGAAUAUUUCUUGUGAAUAAAGAAAAAUAAUAGUUUUUUGUCAAUUUACAAAUGAACAAGUAGUUUAGUUAUGUGUUCAGGGCAUUAUAUAGUUUUAGUUAGUCAACAUAAUUUUACCUUGUUAAUAGGGGCACUUAGGAAAAAAUUUAAGUGAUAUAUUGGAAUUGGAAUUAAAUGAAGCACUAUUAAUGAAAAGGUAUAAGUGGAACAUAAUGAAAAUAGCUUAUGAUCUUUCGAACCUUUCAAGUUAUUACAGGUAUACAUACAUACCUACAUUACCUAUAUACUGUAUUAUUUUCUGUUGUGUUUGCUUUAGGGCAUGGUUAUAUAAAACAAUUUAUUUUAUUUUUAUGACUAAAGUAAUUGCUAGUAUUUAUAGGUUUAUCCAAUUGUGUUUUUAAAGGUACUUAUGAAGAUUUGUAUCUGUUUUGUGUAUGUUUUAAUGACUGGAACUACUAUAGUUUACAGUGAUAUGUAGUACACAAUAUUGGCUAGAUGGAAGUGAUGGAUUAUAUAGACUCAUAUUUCCAUUUAGUGAUUAUUUUAUUGUCUUUUAAUGUGUUUCUGUGAAUAUGCUUGCUGAAAAUAUGAAUAAUCUGAAAUAUAAAAUACCUUUUGAUAUGUAAGAAAUCCAGAGUAUAAUUUUGGUUAUUAAAUAAAAUUAGGUAUAAUUAGUUUUCAUUAGAGAAUUAUCAUCUAUAUUUGAGUACAAUGUAAUGAUAAAUGAUUCAUAGGUCAUAGUACUAAGUCUUUUUACAUUUACAAGUACUAUAUGUGCAAUACUAAAAAUGCUGUGAGGAGGUCCAGGACUUCAUGCACGCUCAUGACUAUAACGUCCGAAUUUAAUAAUAUUGUACUGUGAUUCAAAUGUACUUUAAUAUUCACAUGUUCAUUGGAAAUUUUGUUGAUCCAUUGUCAUAUUUCACUGUACAUAUGUACACUUGACACUUCACUACAGCUUGCAUCUUAAGUGUGUCGAUUUUGUAUACCUCAUUGUGUUAGUAACUGAGUAGUAUAUAGGAUUAGUAUGUGAAUAGUGGCAUUUGCUUUCUCUAUAGUAUAGAGUAGAAUCAUAAAUCAUGUCCAGCACUACCCCAUAUAGUAAAGAAAUCUUUUGUGAUUUUUUUAUAUAAUUUCAUGAGAAUCUUUUAAGUAUUUUAAGAAAGGAAGAGCUUUUGUUUCAGAACAUACUUGUUCAUGUACUAAUUACAAUUUAUAUGUACAAGGAGAAUUGAAGUGGUUUGUAGCUCACCAUUUUUAAAGGAUUUGCACACCAGUGAUAAUGAUUAUACAGUUUAUGCUGGAAAUUUCUUGAAAUAUUUUGGUGUAAUUGCAUUAGUGAGGCUUUGUUCAUAUUUGCUUUUUCACUGAGAGAAGUAAGUAAUGUGGAACUGAAUGAGGCAGGAAAUUGCCAGUUUCAGGUCAGAUGUCAUUCAACGAGAUAUGUAAUAUAUCAGGUUUGUUAAAUCAUGUUUAUGAUCUGGAGUGUACCUGAUAGAACUCAAAAUGUGCAUAGAGCAGUAGUAUUUAUUUUUUGAAAUUUAAAAUAUUUUUUGACUCAACAUCCAUGAUACAGUUGUAAAUUAUUUUUUUUAAAUGUAUUAUUGUAGGUUGACCAAUACAGUACAAGUGAAAUUUGUUUUUUGGCCCCUGCAGAUAAAACAAACUUUGGAGACUGAUUUUUAUAGAGCAUAUUAUGAACAUAAAGCAAGUUGUAUGUAGUACUUUCUUAAUAUAGCCAGUACUAUACUGUAUACAUAAAGACACCAUUUGUCAGUAUUUUUCAUAGCAGCUAACCAGUGCACUCUGCUGAUGUAAUUUUUACCAUGAUAGCUUUAAAAUUCAAUUUUGAGAGUGAAUUUAUUAUGUUUUUGUGUUUGUGUUUCAUGUUUUAGACUACACUACUAUUUCAAGCAAACCACAAACUAUCCCUUUGCAAGUGACUUCAUCAUUGUCAAAAGGUUAAACACAUUUCAUUAUUUAAACUGCCUUGCAAAUAGUGAUAACUGAUAAGAAGGUUCUGAGUUGGAAAAAAACAGGGUUGGUACUGUUCAUAUGCCUGCAUCAGAUUCUCUCAUUGUAUCCCCUGUGAGGAAGAAUUUUCCAGCAUCUUAUCCCUUGCUUUUACAAGUGCUGUAUCUGCAGACUUUCAGAUCAAAUAAUUUGGUAUCCAGUCGUUAGUGGCUUUGUGUAUUGUACAUUUAGAAUUCUUGGUUAGGAUUUGGUUGAGUAUUUUCCAUGAUUCCACUUAAUGUAUUAGGUCACAGCAUGUGCAUAACAGACUCCGGUAGUGCUUAGUUGGACUGUUUCUAUAGCCUUGAUAAAUUAGUUUGCAUUGACAGAGAUUAUCUCGGAAAUUAAACUUAUAGAAUUAGAAGUGAGGACAUAUUCAUUUCAGUAAGACUACCUCCAGAAAAACACCACUCCUGUGUAUGGUUGAGGUUAUUCAGUGCUGUGGACUUCUGUUGAGAAAUAGAACUAUAGUACACUACUGCAAAAACAUUAUACAACUUGAACUGUAUGUUUGGCAUGUUUUUUUUUUCAAGUAAAAUCCCUGCUAGAAUGUGGAUAAGCCUCCCUAAAAGAGAUAUAGCUUAUUACCAGGCUUAUGUACUCUUACGAGUGUACAAUAUGUGUGCAGACUAUUGAGUACUGAGUCAUCAAUUCCCUGUGCACAAUAAUCAGGAAACCUUUUCUCCACCAGAUAAUAAAUUUGGGUUUACCUAAAGAUGACAUAGUACGUAUUUGUAACAAGAAAAUUACAUGCUUCUAUAAGAACUGUCAUUUAUAGACAUCCAAACAAUGAGCCAAGUUGUAUUAAACCUAGAGUCAGCUGUCUGUUUACACCAUCACUGAAAUUAUCAAAACUCCACAAGUUUGACAAUUUUUUUCUAACGUUUUGUGUGGCUGACACGAGGACAUGUACAGACUUUUCUUUAUGCAUAAGGAACAGUUUCAGUUUUUCAAAGAUGACCUCGUCUGUGUAAAAUUAGAAAGGUUGUUCUACAGCAGAGAAUAACUACCAAGUUCUUCCUUAUGCUUAUUUUCCAGAAUAUAAAUUUCUUGACAAAGAAGGAGAGCUUUCACUUGUAGAAUGAAUCUUUGUCAACAUUUCUUCAAAAUUCUUGAAAGGUAUCUGACUUCCAGAACUUGUUAAGUUUUUGGUUUCUCCAGUUAAUUGUCAUAGGAUGAACAAAAGUGUUUUUAGUUCAUCAAGUUCUUUUCAUAACUUGAAUAAACUUUUAAUUAGACCCUCAGGGAAAGACUGAUCCCCAUUUUCUUGACCAUAUUACAUUGCAGUAGUAAGGCUAAUAAAAUUCAGAUGCGCUAUAAUGGCUCUCCUUUUUACCAUGUUUACAACUCCUAUUAUUAAUAAAGAUAAACUUCAUGGAAUAUUGACUUGAAGAAUUUAAAAACAGUAGAUUAAACUCACUAGUUGGAUUCUUCAUCAUAAAAAAGGCAUUCAUACAUAUCUUUUCAGAUUGAUCACACACAAAUUUAAGCAUUUGGUAUUUGAUAGAUAACCCACAUGUGCCAGUCAUGGUAAACACAAAUAACUAAACAUUUGUUUUUAUAAUUUUCCAUUUUUCAACCAACAAUUAUCAAGUUUUGGAAGCGAAUCCAAUAAAGGAACCUUCAAAAUCUUCAGUGUUUUUGGCUUAUCCAAUCCUCAAAUUUUGUAAGAGUUGCAGCUAAUUUAUGAAUUAAAACUAAUUGUUUGGAUUACUUCUAGAAGAAUUAACUCUGUGGCCUUGCAAGUACAUAAAAAUUAUAGUAAUGAUCCUCAAAUUACAAUAAGGUAGUAGGUAAAAUCUACAGUACCUUUCUUGCAUUUAUGUUAUCAGUCUUUCUUAACUUGGAAUUAUAUAUUUUUUUUAAGCUUAAAAGAAAUACUGAAUUGCACAGAGAGUCAAAGUGCUUUUGCUAGUUCCAUUUAUAGAAUGUCUGCCAAUAGUUAGGUCAUAAUUCAUGGCUUAUGGUAUGAUUUUUGUUGGCUAUAUUUCUCAAGAGGAAGAUGAGUUGGUUGACAGGUACAUUGUGCCAAAGGUACAUUGAAUUCUGGAAUUUGUUUUUCUUGCCAAAACCUCUAGGAAAAAAAUUGGCUUAAGUCAAUUUGUGGGAUAAUGAAAUAUAGAAACUUAAAGUUUGAUUGCAAUUAGACUUGCUUGCAUUUAAUUUUGAUCUCUUCAGUCUCUGUACUGCACAUUCAAAAGGUAGCAAUUAGAUAAUGAUAACAGUACCAAUUACAGUACAGUAUUUCAAAUCUCAAGGUAAACAUAAGCUAUUUAAGAAGUUAAUUUUAACGUUAGCAAUGGAGAGAAUCUGGGAGUCAAUUGCUGGUAAUGUAUAGUGAUUUUAGCGUAGAUUUAAGAAAUUUUUUUUAUUUUGAAAUUUGAUAACAUGAUACAUUUCUGGGCUCAGCCGUGUCGCCCAGUGAAUAGUGCUAAAGCAGACAUAUUUCACUGGGCGACAUGGCUUCCUCGCCCAGAAAGAUUUUUCCUACGUCAAAAUCCCUUUUUUAGAAUGUGGGCUAGGUAUUUAGUAUAUUUACCAGUAUUGUCACUUAUGUUUAUUAUUGUGGAACAACCUUAUUUGAGGGAAGAAGGAAAAACUUGCUUAUCCAUGUUCAGUAUUGUGCACUUCUCCAUUUUUGCUGCCAUUAAUAACCUAGGUGUUGUGACACCAGUUUUAGUAGGUACAUCAGUCAAUCUCCAAAGUUGCACUGGUGAAUAGUUGAUCUGUAGUUUUUGGGACUGGGGACAACUGCUUUUCAUUAGCAUGCAUAAUUUUUUAAUUUCCUUUCUCUCAGUUUGGCUGAAGUCCUAAUCUUAUUAGGUUUGGGCUACUUUUCUGGCCACUGGUUUUCAUGGAAACGUUAUGUUUUCUGCAAACAAUGUAGAAAUUGAACAAAUGGCCAAGCUUUAGAAGUUUUGUGCUAGAUUAUACGUGAAUUAAGAGAUGAGUUGUAUGACAAGGCAUAGUAUUUGAGCUCUUGGAACUUAUGCCUAAAUGACUAGAAUAAUUUGUGGGUACUGUAGUUAAUUCUUGGUUAAAAGUGUCUUUGUAAUGGACCUAUUCCAACUUUACUAUUGACAUAUACAGUACUAUUUGUUUUUUUAGAUAAUAGUUCUCUACAUAAAUCUAAAAUAUUGUUUUAUGAGUAUUAUAUUACUGCUUAAAGAAAGUUAACAAGAUCAAGUUACCUCAAUAGGUUCGUAGUACUUCCUGUAAGAAUUUGAUCCUGGUGAGGGAAAAUUGAUGGAGUUGGACAAGCAUGUGUGAAAAGACUAAAGGGAAUGAAAAACAAGAAAAGUACUAAAAGGCAAAAAGUGCUGCAGAGGAAUACUAAAGUGUUUCUGCAAAUAAUGCUGAUUACAUUUAACUGCACUAAGGCAUCAUUAUUCCCCAUCACUUAGCUGGGUGUUAUGAACAAUAUUUUUGGUCUGGCUAAACUACCUAAUAAGUAAACAGGAACAGAUUUCUAUCUAAAGAGCAUACAGUAUAUAAGAAUUUAAAGAUGAAUCUUGGAAUACUGUAUGUAUGUAGAUGUUACCCCAAUAAGGUUAUUGAAUUCGGAGAAACGUGUGAGUAGGUAAGGGUUAAUACAGUUCAUUUUUAGUUUAUCCAACCAAAAAAGUUUAAGAAGGGGUAAUUUAUCAAAUACGAUUUGAUGUAUGUAUUAAGAUGAACAAUUUUGGGCCAGCCCUUUGACGCUAGAGAACAUUAACUUAGUGGUCAAAUUAAGCUAUUUAUUAAAUAAUAAUAGUACAUUGAUGCUAUAUGCUUCAAUUUUUAUAUAUGUUUAAUAAUUACAUAUGUGGUUAUUUAUAUAUUCACUUUUUGUAUUUUAUGUAAUAAACACUCCAAGAAGAAUUUUGCAUAAAACAUAUCCUUUUUGGUAUCUCACAAUGAAUCUAUGGGUAACUUUACACAUUCCCUUUUCAGUUAUUUUUGUGAGAAAAAACCUACAUAUUUUCAAAGAUGAUGAAUGUCAAUGGAGCAUUCAAAGAGUCCAUUUAUUGUCCGUUAUUUUGACUUACACAUUACAGCCUUCUUAAGACUUACAAAGAUAUUCAUGUUUUUUAUUUGAGGAAGGGUUAAUUAAUAUUCUGUAAAGUUCAUGUAUACUAUAUAUGGUAAGUAUUAACAAAAGUGAAUGAACUACUGUUUUAAAAUCUUUUUCAAAAAGCCAUAGUACUUCAAUUUUAAGUUGAGAAUGCAUUACAUACUUAUUAGUAAAAUGUUGGAAGCAAAAUUUACCUAAUCCAUAAAUAGCUUUCAUUUUAUUUCUAACUAGCCUCAUUCAUUUAAAAAUUUCUGAUAUCCUUUUAGUGUUCAUGUUUCAAUGAUUGGCCUCCUUGGAAGGCUAGUGUAUUACUCUACAAUUAUUAAAAUAAUAUAAGUGAACUUAGGCAAGAGGGUUCUUUUGCCUGUGCUCUGUACUUCAAAAUAGUACAUAGACUGUUAUGAGAUUUAGAUUUCUGAAGUGUAGAGUUAUUUGCAUGAAAAAUCUCAUUCUUGGGAUUUUUUAAUGCCUGUGUCUUUUAAUCUCAUUAAUUUUAUAUCUUAGCUGAUGUGCAAAACCUUAUGACUAUCAGCAUAGGUUUGAAAGAAUUUUGUAUUACAUAAUUUAUUAUAUGACAGUUCUAAAAAAAGCUACCAACUCAUAAUAUUAUAUGACUGUUCUAAAAAAAGCUACAAACCCAUAAAUAUAUCCUUGCACAAAAAAGUAACUUUUGAUGCAAAAAUCAAAGAAAUGUCAAACUUUAGAUGUCCUUUUGAUUCAGCUCAUACUGUACUUUAUUGAGGAUUGUAGUAUUUAACCUGAGUGUACUGCUUAAAUGGGUGUGCUGUGUAUAGGUUGUAUUUAAAUAUGUUUAAAUGGACCAAGACCCUCAAUCUUUUCAAAUGGUGCUAAAUAGAGCUUGAUGUUAGUGAGUACAGUAUUGUGGUUUAUGUCUCAAAAUGCUGAUCCAGUGUAGUUUGCCCUGUAUUAUUUUCAAGAGGAAUACAAAUUUCUAGACUCUAAAAACAAAAAGGCAGAAGUAAAAAGAUGACAAAUUAAAAAAGAAAAAAAUAGUAAAUUGAUAAAGCAAAAAAGGCUAAGAACUAAAGAUUAAACAUUUGAAAUACAUGUAAUAACCAUUGGAUAUUCCAGGGAAAUCAUUCCAUUGCUAUGUACUUCAAAAUUAAUUGCGUGAAAAUAUUUGAAACGAAAAAGAUUGGUUCUUAUUUAUAUUCUCAGGUUGUUUGGUACUUUGUUAUGUUAUCAUUGCCUGGUUUUUCUGUAAGUACUGUGUUGACCUAUUGUGUUUGUCUUUAAGGAAAAUCUUUCAGUGUUUAAUUUUCUAUAAAUAAGCAUAGAUAAUAUUACUUUUGGUAUAGCCUAAAAUUGUUAAUACAGUACAGAACUGCUGUACUUCCUCAUAAAUAAUCUUUAUUAUAUAAAUACUCUCAUGUUUAAGUAUAAUCAAUGAUACUGUAUUCUGUAAUGUACGGUACGUAUUGCAAAUAUAUGAAGUACAUGUAGCUCAUACUUUCAAGUAAGUAAUCAGUAUUUAUUCAUUGCAGUUAUGAAUUAAUUUCUAUGAAAUCUCAACGUACAUUAGGUAACUUGUAAAGAGGUUUAAUGUAUACUUUCAUGUUUAUUAGUAAUUUUAAUAGAACUUUAGUUACUGUAUGUAAAUUGUACACUGUAGAGGUUUAUAUUAUGUUGCUGUGACUCCAUAAGUUUAUAUUAUGAUUAAAUAAAAUGCCUUUGUAAAAUAAAGCUUUAAAGAUGUU